AUGUCGACAGAAGCCGACACCAACAACGCGGGCGAGCAGGCCUCUCCUGUGCCCAAGACACCCAAGAAGAAACCAGUCAUCGCCAAAGAUGACAAUGAAGCUAUUGCCGACCGCCUUCAGCGUGCUAUUGAUUGCAUUCCAGAUGGCGCCAAGAUAAAGACACAGCUGUACAACAAUGUCGUCGCGCAUAUCAGGAAGGCCAACCUGCGCCGCGCAUGGGUUGACACCAGUCUGAGCAAGAUGUUCAUGGGCUGGUCCGAAUUUGCCGAACCGAACGAGCGCCCCAAGCUAGACUACAUGAUCGCAGCUAUAGCGGUCUACGACAUGUUUGGAGUGGAACACCAGAAGUUCGCCCUUGAGGUAACAAAGCGCGGCCUCCGAGAGUGGGUGAACAAGAAACUCGAAGUUCCAGCUCCAGCAGCGACGUCUUCCAAGCCUACUGCACCCGAAGUCCCUAAAAUCAAGACGGAGCCAGGCUCCCAGAGCGCCGAAUUAAACAAGAUCCGCCAGUCAAUUGAAGGCGGGAAUGGAUCUACUCUUCCUACUGGAUCCAAGCGCCCUGCUCCUAGCGAAUCUUUAGAGCCCGCGAACAAACGCGCAGACUUCGGUACCAACCAGACGCUUGGAACCCCUAAACCGACCGUUCCCAUGCCUAAACUUCCUCAGCAGCCUAUCAUCUACCGAGAAGCAGGAGUGCAAACCGACCAGUCGCUCGCUUUAGGAGAAGCUCGUGAGGCUAUGGAAAAAGCAACUGCAAGAAUGGAACGACAGACUCAAGUACUGGAAGGACACAACGCUAUGUUCAAUGAGCUUGCAGGACGCACCACCAUCACUUCAACCAGGCCUAGCGUCAAUCACGCUCACCAGGCGCUUCAGUUUCAGGGGGAGGCUCAAGAGAUCUUUCCUGUUCAGUACAUCAAUCGUCAGCAAGGCCCCUCCUCCUUCUAUGGACGAGGUCAGGAUCCCGGCGCAAGUGGUGGGUUCUUCAGAUUCUGA